GCUGCCAGCUGCCAUUACACCAGAAGGAGAAGCUACAGCUUACAGCACUGAAGCCCCGCUGCUCUCUGGGCUUUUAGUGGGACUUUAUCGGAACCGGUUCUGGACCCGGGAUGGACAGUGAGAUCCAGCGGGACGGAAGAGUCCUGGACCUGACCGACGACGCGUGGAGGGAGGACCGGCUGCCCUACGAGGACGUCUCCAUCCCUCUGAGCGAGCUGCCGGAGGCCGAGCAGGACAACGGCGGAUCCACAGAGUCGGUGAAAGAGCAGGAGAUGAAGUGGACCGACCUGGCCCUGCAGAGCCUGCAUGAAAACACACCGAGUUCUGGAAGCUGAGGAGCCGUCCAGAACCGGACCGGGUUCAUCUGCUUGCUUUGUAACAACUAAUAAAUCUAGAUGUUGUGCAUCUUCA